AGAAGUCCCCGGGAUGGCGGAGGCGGCCGUGGCGGCGGCCUCGCGCCGCGCGCUGCAUUUCGUUUUCAAAGUGGGCAACCGCUUCCAGACCACACGCUUCUACCGGGACCUGCUGGGAAUGAAGAUCCUGCGGCACGAGGAAUUCGAGGAAGGCUGCAAGGCUUCCUGUAACGGGCCUUAUGAUGGGAAGUGGAGUAAAACCAUGGUGGGCUAUGGGCCUGAAGACAGUCACUUUGUUGCAGAGUUGACCUACAAUUACGGCAUCGGCGACUACCGACUCGGCAAUGAUUUCCUGGGCCUCACCCUGGUCUCCAGCCAGGCCGUCUCCAAGGCCAAGGAGGCCGAGUGGCCACUGCGGGAGAUCGCUGAGGGAGUUUUCGAAACUGAAGCCCCCGGAGGAUAUAAGUUCUAUUUAAAGAACCACAGUCAGCCCCCAUCAGACCCCGUGCUGAAAGUGACCUUGGCCGUGUCUGACCUGGGCACGUCCCUGCACUACUGGUCGGACCUACUGGGCAUGACGGUGUAUGAGAAGGACGAAAUGCAGCAGCGGGCUUUGCUGGGCUACGCAGACAGCCAGUGCAAGCUGGAGCUACAGGGCAUCAAGGGAGCUGUGGAUCAUGGGACGGCCUUUGGAAGGAUUGCUUUCUCCUGCCCCAAGAGAGAGUUACCAGACAUAGAAGCACUGAUGAAAAAGGAGAACCAAAAGAUUCUGACUCCCCUCGUUAGCCUGGAUACACCCGGGAAAGCAACGGUCCAGGUGGUCAUUCUGGCCGACCCGGAUGGACAUGAAAUUUGUUUUGUGGGCGAUGAAGCAUUUCGAGAACUUUCCAAGAUGGAUCCAAAUGGGAACAAAUUGUUGGAUGAUGCAAUGGCAGCAGACAAAAGUGAUGAGUGGUUUGCUAAAAAAAACAUACCGAAGGCUUCUGGAUAAUGGAAGACAUCAUUUGAAUAAAGACUUAAGCUGUUUGUCUCGACUCCCAUCCAGCACUAGAGAUGGGAGUGUUUCCUGAGGCUCUUAUUUUUUAAGGGGGGCCCAAGGACAUAGUCUUUGUGCCUUUUGGGGAGAAGUGUCUUAAUGAAAUUUCAAUUCUGGAUCUUUAAAGUUGUCUCCUUUCGUAGGCCCACCAUUAUGAUCACAGAUUAGUUACGUGGGUUUGGUGGGGGGACAGGUUCAGCAAGUUCACGAUUUGCCAGGACUUUAGAAAUAGUGGCUUUUUCCCAGAACUGGAGCCCCAGUCUGAGCAGAUACUGUGACUAAGGCAGAGACCCUAGAGCUCUUUACUAAAAGAACUUGAUGUAAAAAGUCAGUCAAAUCAGAUUCUGUCAAUGAAGGACAUGGGUUCACUAUCCCAAAAGAACACCAAAGUAGUAAGUUGAUGGUAAGCAGAAGAUUCAUAAGUGGGAAGUGGAGAAGGCAUGAAGAAUUUUAUGGGCCAUCUUCCUCUCCACUUUUCAAACUUCUGUGGGACCAAAGGAAAAUGGAAUGCCGCUCUUUUUGAAUUUCUUGAAAUUAUUUAAAUAGUACUAGCUUUUAAAUCAGUCUUCCCUGUGAUUUAUAAGAGUGUUUUGUGUCCCUUUUUAGUAUAAUUGAGUAUGGAGAUUUCAUUUAAUAUUCAAUUGACUAGGGUUGGGCUUUGUUCAUUUCAAAAAGGAGAAAAUUCCCCCCAAAUAGUGUGUUUAUAAUCAGUACAUCUGAUUCUUAGGCUCAGGAAUUAAAGCAGUGAUGGGUUAAUUCUUUUCAUAAAGAGGAUGGAACGGGGCUGUCUCAGAGCCACACAUUAAAAUUUAAACUGUGAGCUCUUACUCAUCACCACCUGAAGCUGGGAUUUUAAGAGAAAACCUUGAUUUAUAAUACAACCUUAACAAUGCUUUUGAAUAUCAAUAGACUUGGGAAGAUUUUCACUCAUCCCUGUAACUCCUAAUUCAUAUUUCAAAUGAUGCUACAGAGUAUCAGAAAGUAGUUAGGAAUCAGGAUUUUUCCAGAACAGAUGGUACAUUUUUUUUUUCUGUAUAAUAUACAAAUAAAGUAUAUGAUUACUCAAGGUGA